AGGCCAGUCCUACUCCGCGUGCGCGUGUUCCGGGCUCAUUUGAAGAACUGCUACGAAUUAUUGGAGGAGCGGCCCAGUUCCCAUCUAUCGAUUUGAAGUCGUCAUUGAUGGAGUGGCAGCCAGAUGAGCAGGGACUUCAGCAGGUCCUCCAGCUGCUCAAGGAUUCCCAGUCUCCCAAUACAGUCACGCAAAGAGCUGUCCAACAAAAACUCGAACAACUCAACCAGUUUCCUGACUUUAAUAACUAUCUUAUCUUUGUACUCACACGUUUAAAAACUGAAGAUGAGCCAACACGUUCUUUGAGUGGUCUUAUUCUAAAAAACAAUGUCAAAGCACAUUACCAGAACUUCCCCCCAGCGGUUGCUGACUUCAUUAAGAAGGAAUGUCUCAACAGCAUUGGCGAUCCUUCACCGCUCAUUCGUGCCACAAUUGGUAUACUUAUCACAACUAUUGCCUCAAAGGGGGAACUACAGGCAUGGCCAGAGCUUCUACCACAGCUCUGCAACUUGCUUAACUCUGAAGAUUACAACACAUGUGAGGGCUCGUUUGGAGCACUGCAGAAGAUCUGUGAAGACUCGUCUGAGCUGCUGGACAGUGAUGUGCUUAACAGACCACUCAAUAUCAUGAUCCCAAAAUUUCUACAAUUCUUCAAGCACUGCAGCCCAAAAAUCAGAUCCCAUGCCAUAGCCUGUGUGAACCAGUUCAUCAUUGGGAGAGCCCAAGCCUUGAUGGACAAUAUUGACACUUUUAUUGAAAGCCUGUUUGCGCUGGCAGCAGAUGAGGACUGUGAAGUUAGAAAAAACGUUUGUCGAGCCCUUGUCAUGCUGCUGGAAGUUCGUGUUGACCGUCUCAUCCCUCACAUGCAUAGUAUAAUCCAGUACAUGCUACAGCGCACUCAGGACCCUGAUGAGAAUGUAGCUUUGGAAGCCUGUGAGUUUUGGCUAACAUUGGCAGAGCAACCAAUCUGCAAGGAAGUUCUCUCUGGGCAUUUGGUGCAAUUAAUACCCAUUUUGGUAAAUGGAAUGAAAUAUUCAGAAAUUGACAUCAUACUACUGAAGGGGGAUGUAGAAGAGGACGAGGCAGUACCAGACAGUGAACAGGACAUUAAGCCCCGUUUCCAUAAGUCGCGCACUGUCACUCUUCAGCACGAAGGAGGUGAAGCUGAGGAGGAUGAAGACAUUGAUGACGAUGAUGACGAUGAUGAUACAUUGUCUGAUUGGAACUUGAGGAAGUGCUCUGCUGCCGCAUUAGAUGUGUUGGCAAAUGUGUUUCGCGAUGAGCUUCUCCCUCACCUCCUGCCACUCUUGAAAGGCCUGCUGUUCCAUCCAGACUGGGUUGUCAAGGAGUCUGGCAUUCUGGUGCUGGGGGCUAUAGCUGAAGGCUGCAUGCAGGGCAUGGUGCCAUACCUGCCAGAGCUCAUCCCUCACCUCAUCCAGUGUCUUUGUGACAAGAAGGCCCUGGUGCGCUCUAUUGCUUGCUGGACUCUGAGUCGUUAUGCACAUUGGGUGGUGUCCCAGCCCCCUGACUCCUACCUCAAACCCCUUAUGACAGAACUCCUGAAACGAAUCUUAGAUGGCAACAAGAGGGUGCAGGAGGCUGCAUGCAGUGCGUUUGCCACAUUAGAAGAGGAGGCAUGUACAGAACUAGUGCCGUACCUGGGCUUCAUCCUGGACACUUUGGUCUUUGCCUUUGGGAAAUACCAACAUAAGAACCUUCUUAUCCUGUAUGAUGCUAUUGGGACUUUGGCAGACUCUGUGGGUCACCACCUCAACCAACCAGAGUACAUUCAGAAACUGAUGCCCCCACUCAUUGCCAAAUGGAAUGAGCUCAAGGAUGAGGACAAGGAUCUCUUCCCGCUUCUAGAAUGCCUGUCUUCAGUGGCGACAGCCCUGCAAAGUGGUUUUCUCCCUUAUUGUGAACCAGUAUAUCAGCGUUGUGUUACACUUGUACAGAAGACACUAGCUCAGGCAAUGAUGUACAGCCAGCAUCCAGACCAGUAUGAGGCUCCGGACAAAGACUUCAUGAUUGUGGCUCUGGAUCUUCUGAGUGGUUUGGCCGAAGGUCUAGGGGGCCACGUUGAGCAGCUAGUGGCCCGCUCCAACAUCAUGACUCUACUCUUUCAAUGCAUGCAGGAUACUAUGCCUGAGGUAAGGCAAAGUUCUUUUGCUCUUCUGGGUGACUUGACAAAGGCCUGCUUCCCCCAUGUUAAGCCAUGCAUUGCUGAGUUUAUGCCCAUAUUGGGACUUAACCUAAACCCGGAGUUUAUUUCGGUGUGCAACAAUGCCACUUGGGCAAUCGGGGAGAUCUCUAUACAAAUGGGUACAGAAAUGCAGCCUUAUGUUGGUGUGGUUCUGCCACACCUGGUGGAAAUCAUCAAUAGGCCCAACACACCCAAGACCCUCCUGGAAAACACGGGUGCAUGUCCAUAUAAAAGUUGUCAGUGUCUCAUUGUCAAUAACCACUUAACAGAUGUUUUUCUUUAUGCAGCCAUUACAAUCGGUAGACUGGGUUAUGUUUGUCCUCAGGAAGUUGCUCCGCAGCUGCCCCAGUUCAUUAGACCAUGGUGUUCUUCAUUGAGAAAUAUCAGAGACAAUGAGGAAAAAGACUCUGCCUUUAGAGGGAUAUGUGUCAUGAUUGGUGUCAACCCAGGUGGAGUUGUGCAGGACUUCAUCUUCUUUUGUGAUGCUGUUGCGUCGUGGGUAAGCCCUAAGGAUGACUUGAGAGACAUGUUUUAUAAGAUUCUACAUGGCUUCAAGGAUCAAGUUGGGGAGGAAAACUGGCAGCAGUUUUCAGAACAGUUCCCUCCUUUACUAAAGGAGCGUCUUUCUGCCUGUUACGGUGUCUAACCUGUUUUCCCGAGUCCACAUAGGACACUGACCUGCUAUGUUAUUGUGGGGGAGGGUUACAGCGAACUCAUUGCACUAGCCAUGUCAUCGGGAGAAACAUGAGCUGAAGGGAAGGGGCUGGCCUUGACUGUCCACUCAGCGGAUGUCCCACUUCUUCCCACCCCUGUGCGCCCUGUGUUUAUCUGUGAGGGAGGAGGGGGGGGGGAGGGGGGAGUUGGUGGGUGUGGGAGGGUACACUUGGGAUAUACAGGACAUAUACCUCUCAGAUUCAAUGCCUCGCUAAAUCCAUUACAUUCAGAAGUGACUUCAUGAGGGAAAGUCUGGUUACAAAUAUUCCCUUAGCUAAAUAGUUGUUCAUGCUAAAUGAUUGCUGGAGAGGUAUGGAAGGGUACAUGAAUAUAUUCUGAACCAGCAAAUAGGAUGUCAGUCCCAAAUACUGCCCGUAGUCAGUAGAUUGACACAAGUGUGACCUAGGGGCAUAAUAAAAAUGUGCUUUUACAUUUAAUAUUGCAGGAAAAGUCAUUCUUGACAACAUAACAGCCAAACCAUAUUGUGCAUAUGAAUUUACUUGUUAAUUUAACCAAGUUUACUUUGCACCCUUGUUGGAAGAUAGUUCAGUCCAUCUCAGUACAACAAUUCUGCAUGGUUUUGAUCAUCUCCAAAGUAAUGCAUGUUUAAGUGAAUGUCUCCUCAAUUAUGACAAGUUAGUAUUACAUUUCUUUUCAUUGUGAGGGAUGCCAUAGUUUAAAGAUGGUUUUGUUGCAGUCCCUUUCAAUAUUUGGGGAGUACAAUAUAUAUUUUUAAAGAGUCUGAUCAAGAGGACUAUAGAUAUAAUUUAACCGAAUUUUCAUUUGAUCAUUGAUUAUAAGGCAAGUGGAGAACCCGAAUGCUGCUACUGCUUCAUUUUUCUAAUAUCUAAAAAUGUAAUGACAGUGAUUAGACAUCACCAAGAGUGAAUUGGUUCAUACUGAUAAAUGCACUUUUUCUUAAGAAAUUUAGAAUUAAAACUGCAGAGACAGUUGUACUCAUUUUUGAGAUAGUUUUUGAUAAGUGAUUUUAGGAUUGUUAAUGGCUUGCUAAAUUAAAGCCUUAUAUUAAGCAAUGGUUAAUGACUAGCGAUAUGACAUGAGCCCUCAUAGUUUUCUAAUGUAGCUUACACAAUGAAUUAAAUAGCAUUUAUAAAGAAAGGACACAUCAAUAUUUUAAACUUGCAUCAGUCAGUGCAUAUCUGGCUUGUUAUAUCGACAAGAUGAUUUUGUUGAGCUACGAGGGCUUUUUGUCACAGAUGUUGCAUGCUAUAUUUCUUCAAUUGUUUUAUAGGUCCCUGUAGAGGGCCAUGCCUAAGAGCUUUGUCAAUGGCAAUGUAAUGCACUGCUGGAGAAGAUGCUAUUCCACCUCCUGAUAUUAUUAAAGUGUUUGCAAUGCCAUAUACUCAUCCGUUAAAACUGUGUAGGAUAAUGCCACAAAUGUGAACAGUCUGUCUCUUCUGGACAAAAGAUGACUAAAAGCGGUGGUUUUUAUCCAGCUUUACCUGACAUUGUCCAUAGUGGAUGACUGUAAUUGAAGUACUAUGGCUUUUUGCCUUUGGUGUUUUAUUACAAAUAUACAGUGUGUACCUUGAUGUACUUUAGUACCAGUCCUACUGUGAGGUUGUUUAGGUUUCUGGGAGUGUCAACGUUUCCCUCUGUCGAGAUCUAAAGACUGUAGAUCACCCCUAUAGACUUGAGCCUCGACACCCCCUCUGCCUUUUGGAAGUUGUGCAUUAAUCAUUUUAGCAAUUGAAAUUUUUACUUGUCUGUGAAGAUGCUUCAGUGGCUCGGUCUCCAGUGUCGUCUUUGUAUGUGCUCCAAGGCAAAGCUCAGACCAGAGGUAGCUUAUCACUGAUAACAAGAAUAUAAAAUUCAACUUUUGUCCAUAAUGUUAUUAUUUUAUAUAUUUUUUAUUUUUUGUGCUAAAGAGCACAAAUUAUUUUGGACUUUAAAAGUUUUUUUGGAGUUUCUUUUUAUUUAAAGAUUUUUUUUAUUUUUUUUUUUAUAGUGGACCAUUUGAAUCUGCCAGAUUUGAUGUAGUUACACUAAAGCAAGUCUUGGUGCAUACCUUGAAGAUGACACAUUGCUUAACCAAUCCAUUUGUUUGAUAUCAAGGCUAGCAUGUACUGUUUCUUAGCUUGACUGUGCUGCAGGUGGGAUGUUGUCUGAUGUAUCCCUUUUUAUUUAAUUUUUGUGCAUAGGAGCGAAUAAAGUGUUUUAUAAAUCUUGA